AUGCCUAACGUUGGAGGCCCAAAGCAGUGCAGAAGGAGCUUACUUUCGUCAGUUGUCACCUCGGUGCUGACUUAUGGAAUCUCCAUCUGGGCGGAUGCCCUUGAAGUCCAAGAGACAAGAAGAAAAAGUCGCAUCCAUCUAUCGACUAAGCGCCUUGAGAGUGUCCAGUACCUUCCGCACAGUAUCAGAAGAAGCGCGGCGUGCGUUAUUGCCGGAAUGCUGCCUGUCCGAGUGCUAGCCGAAGAAAGGCGAGCCCUCUAUCAACGACGAAAAUCAUCUGCGUCGAGUCUUGAUGAACUUAGGACCGAAGAAACGGCAGUAUAG